CUUGGAAUUGGAAUUAGGAAAAAAGACACGGAGAAAAACCCUACAAUUGUCCAAGGCAACCAUUUGCAGGCAGUUUUUAUAGGUGUUCUUGUUCUUGUUCCCGCUCCCCUUGAUUCUUUUAUGGCUUUGGUUCAAUCAAUACCCAAAAGGGUCAAAUUCUUGAUUUGCUUUCUUCCAUUUAACCUUUGAUCAUAUACCGUUUUGACGUGAAAUAAGAGGCAAAAGGAAGGGAGGACACCACCCACCACCGCCUCACGGUUGUUUUCCCGGAGGAAAUUCACUGGCUGACAAUCAUGGCAGUGCCUCGAUCUAUUUGGCCUUCGAAAUGGAAGCUUGCCUUUGCUGCCUCCGCCUUGGGCUGCGGAGUUGGUGCCGCUACCAUUGCUAAUUCCGACGAUCCUGCCACCUCCCUCAAGCUCUGCACGGCCAUCCCUCUCCGUCUCUUUCGUCUCUCAGUCACCGCUGCUACAAUUGCCUUCGAUUACGAGUAUUCAUUAAUGGGACUGCCAGAAGGUAGCGAUGAAAGGGCAAGAGUAAAGCAUGAACUUCACACCAGGAACGCACGUAGGCUUGAAGAGCUAUGCUUCAAAAAUGGUGGAAUUUAUAUCAAGCUUGGUCAACAUGUUGGUCAACUGGAUUUCUUGGUACCCCUAGAGUACUCUAAAACAAUGAGGGAGUCAAUGUUGAAUAAAUGUCCAACUUCAACAUAUGAUCAAGUGUGUCGAGUUGUCAAGAAAGAGCUUGGUGGGACACCUGAAGAGAUUUUUGACGAUUUUGAUCCUGUACCAAUUGCAAGUGCUUCCAUUGCACAAGUUCAUGUUGCUCGUACUCAUGAGGGACAAAAAGUUGCUGUGAAGGUACAACAUACACACAUGACAGAUACUGCAGCUGCUGAUUUUGCCACAGUGGAAUUGAUUGUAAACACUGUGCAUCGCUUCUUUCCUUCAUUUGAUUACAGGUGGUUGGUAGAUGAAGUCCGUGAAACUUCACCCAAGGAGCUAGAUUUCUUAAAUGAGGCCAAGAACAACAUAAAAUGUAUGGACAACUUUCGAAGGUUAUCUCCUCACAUUGCAGGCUAUGUGUAUGCCCCUAAAAUCUAUUGGAGUCUAAGUACAUCAAAAUUGUUGACCAUGGAGUUCAUAGAAGGUCCACAAGUCAAUGAUUUAAAAAGCAUCAAAAAACUUGGAAUUAGACCCCAUGACAUAUCGAAACUAGUUAGUCAAAUUUUUGCUGAAAUGAUGUUCAAACAUGGAUUUGUACAUUGUGAUCCACAUGCUGCAAAUUUGAUAGUUCGUGCUUUGCCUUCGGGCAGAAGUAGCAUUUUUGGAAGAUGUAAACCACAAUUAGUACUCCUUGACCAUGGACUCUACAAAGAACUUGACACCUACACAAGAACCAGCUAUGCUGCACUCUGGAAGGCUUUGGUCUUGGCUGAUGCCAAAGGAAUCAAGGAAAAUUGCAUGAAAUUUGGUGCUGGAGAGGAUCUUUAUACAUUUUUCACAAGUAUUCUUACUAUGAAACCAUGGGAGAGAGUUAUUGAUCCUGCUGUUGACCAUUUGGUCAUACGUGAUCAAUCAGACCUUCAGAUAUAUGGUCCUGAAUACUUUUCUCAAGUGACAGAGCUUCUGCAUAGACUUCCACGUGUUAUACUUCUAAUGAUGAAAACAAAUGAUUGCUUACGCUCAGUCGACAAUGCAUUGUUGCAAAGACCUUCUUUGGAGUCGUUCUUGAUCAUUGGAAGAGUUUCAGCUGAGGCAGUUAUUGAGGAGAAGUUAUCAAAUGCCAAGUCAUUAUUUAGCUUCAUUGGUAUCUGGUUUGAAGAAAUCUCACUAGAAGCUCGGUUUAUCAUAAUGCAAUUAGCCUUGUGGGUCCUACAAUUCCCAAAAUCUUUGAGCUUAUAAAGGCAAUAUAGUUUGUAUCUUUCAAUUUUCACACAUCCUUUCCCCUCGGGGCCAUUCUGGAUAGCAACAAGAUAAAUGUAUCUUAUUACAUAAAAUGAGAUGUAAAUUGUACUCUUUAGACAUCAUUAAAGGGAAAAAAAACCCAUGAUUUGAGACAAAUUCAUUAAAGGUC